UAAAUAUGUAUUUUUAACAGAAGAAUAAUCAAAAUGGCUAUAGAAGUACUUGAUGUUGAUCAUCUUGGUGUUAGUGCCAUUGUGACAGUGGCCAUGCAGCUCUUGUUCUUCAUACUAGCAUCAGCUUUUCAGUUUGAUAAAUUGGCUGAUUUUGCAGGAGGAACUAAUUUCAUUAUCGUUGCUUUAUUGACUCUCUUUCUUGGAGAGACAUAUGACAUGCGACAAUGUUUAGUCACUGCAUUCGUGUGUGUAUGGGGUGCAAGGCUGUCUGGAUUUUUAAUGUAUCGAGUAAUGAAAGUCGGAAGAGAUCAGGGUUUCGAAGAUAAGCGUCAUAAUAUUAUAAGAUACUUAAUAUUUUGGACUUUCCAAGGUGUUUGGGUGUAUCUUGUUAGUUUGCCAGUUAUAUAUAUAAAUUCACCUAGAAAAGCUGUUCCAAAUUCACCGCUUCCAAUGACAACAUUGGAUUAUGUUGGUUCCUCAAUGUUUGUAUUUGGCUUAUUAUGUGAAACCUUAGCUGAUAUUCAGAAAUUUCGCUUUAAAGGUGAUCCUGCAAACAAAGAACGGUGGUGUGAUUAUGGUUUGUGGAAGUUUUCUCGACAUCCAAAUUAUUUUGGAGAGAUAAUUUUGUGGUGGGGCAUUUUCCUUGUAGCAAUAAACGUUAUUAAAGGACCAGAAUGGCUUUCCAUUAUUAGUCCAUUAUUUACGACGGGUAUUAUUUUAUUUCUAAGUGGAAUACCUUUAUUAGAGAAAGGUGCAGACGAUCGUUACAGAGGAUUUCUAUCGUCUUAUCACAAUUACAAAUGUUCAACAAGUCCACUGAUACCAUUACCUCCAUCCUUAUAUGGCCUUUUCCCAGGUUUCUUCAAAUGUGUCCUCUGUUGUGAAUUUCCUCUGUAUGAUUUUCUUGACUUCCAGCCAGGCGAUAUUGGUACUCCAUUAGAAACACCAACAUAAUUGACAGAUAUUUAUACAUAAGUAUAAGAAAAUAAUUCAUUUUAAAUAUAGAAAUUAAGUGAAGGCAUUUUCAUUACAGGUGUAAUUGUAAAAAGGCAUUAAGAUUAUUUAGAUACAUUUCAUUUUUAUUAAUAUAAUAAGAUUUAAUGUAAGUCAUGACAAUCAAUAAUCUAUUGUAAAUUACUACAUUUUGAAACUUGUAUAUAGCAAUGUAUUAUUAUGUAUAUAUUGAUAACCUAUAUAAUUUAUUGUAACUUUAUUUUAACAUGCAUUAUUAAAUAAUGCUAUUAAGUGAUUAAAUAUAAGUACAUUUUAAAUUAGUAAAUAAUUUAAAAACUGUAAUAUUUAUAAUCUAAUUUACAAUCAUUUUUUUUACUUUUAAGAGCUGUUUAAGCUAUUAACAUGUUUACUUCCAGUGAUUCCUUGAAGUGGUCUAUAUUGUAACAUUUCAUUGCCGACCUCACUCAUGAGUAUUGUAAAAAUUUGUUACUUCUUUCUUGGAAAAUUUUAUUUGUUGUCUUUAAGAAAAAAUUUUUUUAUUGUUUUUAUUGUAUACUUCUAAGAAUGUAUUAUUAUAUAAUAUUUUAUAUAAUUUUUGACAUUUUUAACAUACAUAGAUUAAGUAAACAAUGGUUAGGAACAUAUCCCUAGAGGGGCAGUGAACAUGUUAAAUAUUCCUGCAUAUUAUACAAAUAUAUUUUAUUUUGGAAAUUUCUAUACUUUUUGAGCAAAUAUAAGCAAAUAGAAACUAGUUAGUUUAUUAUAGUAAUUUGUGAUUAUAGAUAUGUAGUAAAUACAAAGCUAUCAUUAUACGUAUUAUAAUUAAUAAAUCUAAGAUUUAAAUAUUUAGAGCUUUGCAAUUCUUCUGUGUUUAUAUAAAAAUACUUUUUCUUAACUUACAUUAUUUUAAAUAUGAUAUUAACCAACUAAUUAAAUUACUU